CUCCCCUUCUCUCUCUCCUCGGCCAGCCAUCAAUAAGCAGAAGCACGCCGUCUAGUUGCUUCAUUUGCUCACUUCGCCGUGCCCUGCAGCUGUUAUUUCAUCCAUCUUCAGGAUAUGUGACGUCGAAGCUAAACACUUCUGGGAGAUAUAUGAUACCAUGGCGAGCAGGUUACAACAUACGAGUUUGACACCAAGGGAAUUUACCCUCCAAUACCUGGAACAGAUUACAGAUAACUUUUCAGAGGACCACAUAAUUGGUCGGGGUGAGCAUGGGGUAGUUUACAAGGGAGUACUGAACAGUGGGGAAGAGAUUACUCUGAAGAAGUUAUAUCAUACGCCAGAGCUUGACGACACACAGUUCAGGAAUGAGUUAAAUAACCUUGUGAGAGCCCAGCAUCAAAAUAUUGUUGGGUUGGUUGGCUACUGUUGUAAUCUUGGAAAAAAACGGGUUAAGCACGAUGAUGAAUAUACUUCUGCAGUAGUGGAAGAAAGAUUUCUCUGCUUCGAAUACUUACAGGGCGGAAGCCUGGACAAGUAUAUUCUUGACGAGUCGUGCGCACUUGAUUGGCCCACAUGUUUCAAAAUCAUUAAGGGGAUAUGUGAAGGUUUGAAUUACCUUCAUAAUGGAACCGAAGAUCGUAUUCUCCAUCUGAAUCUAAAACCUAGCAACAUAUUGCUGGACAAGAACAUGAUGCCCAAAAUAGGAGAUUUUGGUUUAUCAAGACUCUUCCCUUCAGCACAGUCCUAUGUAACAGCCCAAGCAAUAGAACGAACAUGGAAGCCACUAGAAUAUAUCGACAAAGGACAAACUACAUCGAAAUUUGACAUAUUCAGUUUGGGUCUUAUAAUAAUACAACUGAUGUCAAGGUUCAUUGGCUAUUCUCAUCGUCCAGACAUGCCUUCUCAAGAAUUUUUUGAUCUCGUUCGUCUAAACUGGGAGAAACAGCUGGCGGCAAUGACACCGUGUGAUACGUCAUGGCAAGUUAGGGCAUGCAUAGAAAUAGCGUUAAGAUGUUUGGAGGAUGACCAAAUGAAAAGACCUGCUAUAGCGGAUAUUGUCAACGAGCUGAAUGAAAUUAACAGUAUCGAAAGUUGCGAGGCAGAGAUGGAGGACCGGUGCUCAGAAUGGCUUCAGGCAGCGAUGGAGCUUCCAGUUUCUGCUUCGCUUGGCCCCAUAGGACCCCUGUUCCAGAAACUCCAUUCAUUUAAGGCUACCAAAGAAAGUCUGCCAGUGGGCAUUAAUGAAGGUGAUAUCCAGAGUCUCAAGAAAGAGCUCGAGAAAUUAUGCAUCUCCCUCAUGGAUCUGUUAGAAGCCAAUGACACUAGCUUCACGGCCAAGUACUGGAUGAAGGAGGUGCGCGAAGUUUGUUACGAUACAGAGAAUUACUUUGACAAGCUUAUAAUGCAGUCCAAUAAUGGCAGUAGUGUGCGUUGGAUUUGCAAACUGCUGAAAAGACGGCCUCAGAUUGCAAUUGAUUUCUCAACAUUAGUGGCUCGUGUGGCGGAUGCUCGUGAAAGACGUGGACGAUUCCUCGAAUGGAAUAUUGACAAAGAAAAUGUCGAGCAUCAAUGUGGACAAGCCAGUGCCACUCCAGAUAUUGCAAGUUCAUCCACAUUGUCUAUCAAAUCGCCAGUGCCGGUUGCCGGUUUCAGGAGGUCCGAGCUGACCCUCAAACUGUCUGUGCCAGCUGCUGAAUACAUGGACGAUCUCCUCAACCUCCUGGCGUUCGAUGACCAGAAACAGAAACAACUCAAGGUAGUAUCUAUAUUUGGGUUUGCAGGUGCUGGAAAGACUACAGUUGCCAGGACUUUAUAUCGUAAGUUUGGAGGAAAAUUCCACUGUCGGGCUUUUAUACGGAUGUCUCGCCAGCCGGAUAUAAGGAGGCUUCUCACCAGCAUGCUCUCCCAAAUCAAGGCACCUCCGGCCCACGCCUUUGCUGAUGUGCAAGUGCUGGUUGCCAGUAUAAGGAAACAUCUAGAACACAAAAGGUACUUCGUUAUAAUAGAUGAGUUAUGGACUCCAUCAGUAUGGAAUACUGUUAGGCGUGCUUUUCCUGAUGGCAACUGUUGCAGCAGAGUAAUCAUCACAACACAAAUUGAGGAUGCAGCAUUGGCUUGCUGUAGCUAUCAGUCAAAGUACAUAUUUAAGAUGAGAUCAGUUACUGAUUAUCAAUCACGAGAAUUAUUUUCCACUGGAGUUUCUGACUCAGGGUGUGGUUCUCCUCAAGAUUUCGAAGAACUUUCAUAUGGGGUUAUCACCACAUCCGGUGGCUUACCAUUAGCAACUGUGAACAUUGGCAGCAUAAGUGAACCAAACCUCAUAAUGGAGCAAUGGGAGCAGAUAAAAUAUUCUUUGGACUCUACUUUAAGUGCAAACCCUACUUGUGAUGUAAUGGAAGAAGUUCUAAACCUUAUUUACAAUAGUCUUCCACGUCACUUGAAGACAUGCUUGCUCUAUUUUAAUGUGUAUCCAGAGGGAUACACGGUCUGGAAGGAUGUUCUCGUGGGACAGUGGAUAUCAGAAGAUUUUAUUCGGGUCACUUGCAAAAAAGAAGGUUUCAUUGGUGCAGUAAAACAGCAAGAUACAGAGGAAGAUGAAGUAGAAGAAAAAGUCAGAGUUGCUCAGGGUUAUUUUGCUGAGCUUGCUGGUAGAGGAAUGAUCCAAGCUGUAGACACCGAUGAUAAAGGCGAAGUAUUGUCAUGUACAGUCCACCACAUGGUACUGGAUCUUAUUAGGUGCAAGUCCAUGGAGGAGAACUUCAUCACUACUGUGGACAAGUUUCCAUCAACUCUAGUCCUUGCUGACAUGGUUCGUCGACUGUCCGUCCAAUUUGGAGAUGCAAAAGUUGCAAAUAUACCGGAAAACUUGGUUUCUUCCCAUGUUCGAUCACUUCUGUAUUUUGGAUCUUUUGAAUGCGCACCUUCUACUGGGGAUUAUGGCUUUCUUCGAGUUCUGAAUCUUCACAUCUGGGCGGAUCAAGACAAGACUUUCGACCUCACUACAAUAUCUGAACUGUUCCGGUUGAAAUAUUUAAAGGUUGAAAGUAAUAUAACCGUCAGCCUUCCAGCCAAGGUUCAGAUGCUUCAAAACAUGGAAACACUACAAGUGGAUGCUCCACUAUCUGUUGUUCCAUCAGAUAUUUUUGCUCUGAAGAGUCUACUGCACCUCUGCCUUCCAAGCCAGGUUAAUCUGCCUGAUGGGAUUGUACACAUGACAUCACUUCGCAGUCUGGGGGAUUUUAGCCUAUGUUCUAACUCAGCAGAAAAUGUGCUGGGGCUUGGCAAGCUGAUAAAGUUGUGGGAUCUUCGAGUGACAUGUUCUGCAGUAAAGCCUGACGGUCUGGUUGGAAACAUGAAGCAUUUCAGCUCAAUUCUUGGGGAGUUCAAGGAACUCAAAUCUUUAAUUAUGGACUCUGGCACUUCAAAGUUUAGCAUUUCCUGUGACUCCUUGAGCAAUGCAUCCUGUGCUCCGGCACUUCUUGAAAGAUUUGAGUUCCCGCGGGCUUGCAUCUUUCCAAGCCUCCCCAAGUGGUUCGGAUAUCUCCAGAAACUCUGCAUUUUGAAGGUAGCAGUUAGGGAGACAUCCACGGAAAAUAUGGAUAUCCUUAAAGGACUGCAUGCCCUCACUACUCUCUCAAUCUGUGUAUUUGUUGCCCCUAAAGAAAGAAUCGUCUUUGGCAAGGAGGGGUUCGCACUUCUCAGGACUUUCAAAUUCACGUCUGCUGCACUAUCCUUGGCCUUCGCUGUAGGAGCAAUGCCAAAAGUAGAAACGCUUAAGCUAAGGUUCGAUGCUAACAAAUCUGAGCAACAUGACCUGCGACACGCCGGCAUCGACAACUUGUUAGGCCUUAAAGAGAUAUCUGCGAAUAUUGGGAUCAGUGGUGAUGGUGAAAUGGAGAGCGAAGCUGCCCUAUUGAUCGACAUCUUCAGAACACAUCGAAGUAGCCCUGUCUUCAACGUUCAAUCGGUGGAUAGGACUUUUGAUGAAAAGAUCACUGUCGGAUAUGAGGAAGAACAACAGACUACAGAAACGCAAGAUGAGUGUGUGAACACCAUGUCAUUGGAUAGCCGGUCUGUUGUGACACCAGACACCUCUUCGCCUAUGCAAAUUUUAGAGGAGGAUGAAGAUAAAGCGACACAUACAGAGUCUGCACUGGAGUCUACACAUACAGAAGAUCGCCUUAUUACUUCUGGCAUCUUAAAGGAAGGCUUCCAUGAGCAACGUGGAAUUCAAGAAAAGGAUCCACGGGGAGAUGAUAACACAGAAGCUCAUAGCUGGACUUCUCCGCCGCCGAGUUCCAUUAUUGCGCAUCCACAGGAUCCAGGGGAAGAUGAAGACAAAGUGACACAUACAGAGUCUGCAAUGGAAGAUACAUUUAGCAAGCUUCCAAAAGAUCACCUUAUUACUUCUGACAUCUCGGAGGAAGGCUUCAAUGACCAGCGUGGAAUUCAAGAAAAGGGCCCACGUGAAGAUGAUAACACAGAAGCUCAGAGCUGGACUUCUCCGCCGCCGGGUUCCGUUAUUGCUCAUCCGCAAGAUCCAGAAUUCGAGCACAUUUCCACGGAGGAAAAAGAAUCCAAGAAAGAUGAGAUCAGUCUAGGUAUAACCAUGGAGGAUGCUACGGCACUCCCAUCUCCACACGGGCCGACACAGACAAACCAAAUGGGGACGUCCAACAAGGAUUCAGACUCGAAGUUGUACGAGCUGAAUGAGCAACUUCUGCUGCUGGCCUCUCUGGUGACGACGGUGACGUAUCUCUCCGGGCUCAACCUGCUGGGGGGAAACUGGCAACAGAUGGAGGACGGGCACGUCGCCGGCAACCCGAUCCUCCGGUACACCGACAUCAGUAGGUAUCGCAUUUUAUACUCCUUUAAUGCCACGGCGUUCGCCUCGUCAGUCAUGGUCUGCCUCAUCCUCGUGAUGCUCCGGAGGAACAGAAAGGUCUGGACAAUGGUGCUGCCGGUGGUCAUGGUGGUCGACCUGCUCUCCGUCAUUGGUUCCUUCGCCGCCGGGACCUGCCGUGACGCCUUCACCACCAUCUUUGCCUCUGGGCUCGCCUUCGCAGUUUUGGCCUACAUUGCGUAUGCUUUCAUACCUUGCUACGUCAGGAGUUGGAACAGGGGCCGCGACAACACCCCCAUCCCCAUAAACACAAACAAGGGUUACAAAGAAAAGAAGAAGGUAGAGGUGUUGAUACUGCUGGCGACCUUCACCUUCACCAUCUCAUAUGCCACCGGGCUGAACCCGCCUGGUGGCUUCUGGAGCAGCACCCAGCAUGAGAAGGAGGAUGGCCGCCUUCUUCACCUCGCCGGCAACCCCAUCAUGGAGGACACCAGGCGCCGGAGGUACCGGGCCUUCUUUGUAUGCAACACCGUGGUGCUCCUCGCCUCCUUGCUCGUCAUCCUGCUGCUCCUGGCCAACAAGGUGAGCAGGAUCAUCUCAGCGCGGGUUGUCAGGAUCUACGGAUUCAUAGCGGUCGCCCUCCUGGGUCUCAUGGGGGCCUAUGCUACUGGGAGCUCCAGGGAGACGGAGAAUACCGUAAUGGUCAUCGUCUCCCUGUCCACCGUGAUUCCUGCCUGGGUGGGCCUGCAGCUGGCUCUUAAUUAUGUCUUUCAUUGGAAACCAAUCAGGAAUGUGCGUGACAAUUUCUCCCAAUGGUCAAAGAAAUCAAGUCCCGCAGGUGACAGCGCAGUUGCGAGCACAGUCUUCAAAAAUAAUUGCUAUUUGGCUAUGGUACUUGCUGGUUUUGCGGUAUGCAUCACUUACCAAGCAGGAAUGGAUCCACCGGGUGGCCUCUGGCAAGACAACCUGGAUGGGCAUGAGAUUGGGCGUCCUGUGCUACAGACUACACAUCAUGCACGCUACCAGGUUUUCUUCUACAGCAACUCCGCAGCUUUCGUGACAUCUCUGGUACUGGUCAUGAUGGUACAGAGCAAGUUCCUGCUCACGCUCCACACUUUGGAGGGAUGCAUGGUGCUGGACCUGAUCUGCCUCGUCACCGCCUAUGCCGCAGGGAGCACCAGAGAUGCAAAAAGGUCCAUCUAUGUUGUCAUCGUGAUUGGCCUUAUCCUCAUCUACAUCGCCGUCCAUGUUUGUGCGGUAGGCCUGAAGGAGAACGUGGUUGCUGAACCUGUUCCUGUUCCUGCUGCUACUACAUCUGCUCCUGCUUUUGCAAGGCGAGUAGCUGGGGAACGAAGCAGCAACCAGCAGCUGGAUGACAAUGGUCAAGUGCUGCGUCUAAUCGCCAUCUUAGCCGCGGCACUUACGUACCAAGCCGGGCUGUCCCCGCCUGGCGGCUUCUGGCCGGCGGAUGACGAGCAGCUUGGCCACCGCGCGGGCUACCCCGUCCUGCUCGACAACUACCCGCGCCGCUACAGUGCCUUUUUCUACUGCAACGCCGUCAGCUUCAUGGCGUCGGUGGCUGUCAUUCUACUCCUCGUGAACCAAAAGCUGUACAGGCGAGUGAUACGGGGCUACCGGCUCCACGCGUGCAUGGCGUUGGGCAUGUACGCUCUCAUGGGUGCCUAUGCUUCCGGGAGCUCCCGCCAUCUCAAGACUAGCAUCUACAUGCUGACCAUGGUGAUGGCGGUGGUACUACUGCCGGUAUGUAUCUUCUCAUACAACCGCUUCGUCAGGUACAGGAUCAAGCAUCAAGUUGAGCCUACAACAAGACCACGACGACGACGAGAGAGGGCUGAGAAAGACGAGCAGCUUGAGUACCUGAUGCUGCUAGGGGUCCUAGCUGCAAGUGUGACGUACCAGAGUGGCCUGCGACCGCCAGGUGGCGUGUGGCAAGAGGACAGCGCCGCCUAUUCCGCCGGCGACCCGAUGCUAUUCGACAUCAACAGGCGCCGGUACGACAUCUUCUUCUACAGCAACUCCGCUUCGUUCAUUGCUUCCGUCGUCGCCAUCGUCAUGCUGCUCCCGUUGACGCUUAGCAACCUAGAGCGGCUACGGCACUGCCUGCCGUUCCACACCGGUGACCCCAAGUGGGCGCUCUGGCCGGUCCACGCUGCCCUUUUGCUGGACAUGCUCGGCCUCCUGGUGGCCUACGUGGCAGGAAGUACCAGGAAUUGGGAGUCGUCCAGGAAUGUGACAUUCCUUUUCGUCCCCCUGCUCGUCUACAUUUCGGCCUACCCACUAGUAGUGGCGAUAUUCAUUCGUAACAAACACCGCAGAUCCCCCCAGCAGUCAAGGAUGCAAGCAGUAGAACAAAUGCGGCCAGAAGUUUAGUAUUCAAUCCUGUUUCUCCCUCUUAGAUACCCUGUAUUGUAUUGUUUUAUUUGCACGUACAUGCAUGGAGCUGUUGUGUUCUUGUGGUCGUGCAUCCGUCACCGCAAUCUCUUUCCUAGGUCAGUAUUGUUUAAGCUGGCAAACUCAAAUGUUAAUGGACAUUUUUCUACAUGCAUUUCUUCUUCUUUUUUGCGGGGAUAUUUUGUAUGCCUUUCAACAAAUCAUUUGGAGAAAAAAAUAUCU